AUCGUGCUGAGGUGGUUGGCAUGAGAAGUGUCUCCAGCCCGCCGGAUCAUUCCCAGCGUCAAGACGAGGAGCAGACAGGUGUUGAAAUUGCAACCAAAGUUCUCGGUAAAAGUAACAGAGUUGGCCAAGCGCCCUUCUAUACUGGUGAUUCACCAGGGUUCGGAGCUGUGUUUGAUAUAUGCUCGCCUUCACAACAGCCUCUCCGAAGGCACAUUCUCCUCGCUUCCAAGACAUCUGUCUCUUUAUCUCCCGAGGAUAGACAAUACUUACAUUAUAAGGGAGUCUUCAGCAUGCCCAAAAGGGAAACUUGGGACGCACUCCUGCGUGCGUACUUCCACCACGUGCAUCCUAUUGUGCCAGUGAUCGACGCUACUACACUUCCAUAUCUCCACGCCAAUGAAGGCAGCCAACAAUGCAAUCUACUACUUCUGUGGAGCAUUUUCUAUGUUGCAGCGAAUGCAAGUAGUAACGGUUUACUUCUCGCCAUGCGAAGCUUCAAUUUGGCUAACAAUAAUAUACAGCAUGUUUCGGCCGAGGUUUGGAGGACAGAGGGCUAUACAUCCAGGAAAGAGAUGAGAGACUCUAUGUACUCCCGUGCAAAGGUUUGCUUUUCGACAUUCAACUUAUAUCUUUGUCAGAGUCAAUCUAAUGGCCCCUUUCAGUGCUUGCACCAUAAUGGUGGUGAAAGAGACCAAACUGUUCUCCUACAAUCGGCACUCCUACUGGGAUUCUACUCCUCAGAAGCCGGUACUUACACACAACCAUGGUUAUGGCUCGGUGUUGCCAUUAGCACUUCCCAAUCAAUGGGUCUGCAUCGUUGCUCUGCUGCAGUAUGCGCUACUUCACCUAUACCAGUACAACAACAGUGUCUUUGGCGACGUCUUUGGUGGAUCUGUUUCUAUAGAGACCGAUGGCUAAGUCUCACAAUGGGGCGUCCGUUAAGAAUCAACAAAAAUGACUGCAAUACUGCGAUGCCAUCAGCAGACGACAUGUUGAGUGAGUUUUCUGCAUUACCUGAAUCCAUUUCGGCGUCAUAUAUCCCGGAGGACCUGUCGCAGCUGGCAGAAUAUUGGGUGACAAUGGUCGAGCUCACCAGGCUUUUGGGAGAUACUCUCACCUUGAGCUAUCAACCAUUUGGGCCUUCCUCAUCUUUCCGGCAGGUUGAAGGGCUUGAGAAAGAGAUCGUGCGCUUUCGACUGCCGGAGACCAAAGUAGUGGCACAUAGUCCGCUUGCAACCUUCUAUCUAUAUCACUUACAGCUUCAUUACCAAGCCUUUCUUAUUACCUUUUACCGCCCCUUCAUCACAAAAUCACCGGAAGGGAUACCUGAAUCCUAUCGAAGCCAAUGGCAAGCUCAUGUUCGCAACCAGAUCGAGAUGGCCGCACUACAGACAAAUGCCGUUCUGGACAUUCUAGUACGUGAGAGACUGCUAGGAUUUUCAGGCCCAAUGACGCCACCUCUUUUAGUCCCAGCAAUGCACGUCCACCUCCUCAACUGCAAAUCUACCGAUCCCCUUUCCCGACAUCUAGGGCUCAUCAAACUAGAGCUGUGCAUGAUAGUCCUGGAACAAAUGCAACACACUCACCCCUCUUCUUCGGUCUUUCGAGGUAUCUUCCUUGAAGCUAUGCGUCACAUUUUCCCAAACUAUGUGGCCCAAUCGACUAUUCCCGGGCCUGCUAUACAGGAAUCCUCUCCACCGCAGGAUGCCUCGGCGGAUGAUUCCGUAGCAGGAAUCACAAUAGGCGAAAAUGCUAUUGAUGCACUAAUGGAUGAGGAGUCGGAGUCAAUCUUCAACUUCUGGGAGUCACUUUUCAGUACGCAAACAUAG